CAGCUGGAUCCUUUUUAGGUCGGUUGUAAUUUAACACACAAUGCGAUUACAUUUUGCAAUCAUUUUGCACCCGAAAACGGCAUUCGGAAUCACACGAAAAGAAAUCAAUGUCACCUCUGUCGUUGCUGUCACGCUCUUACUUGACAACGUCGUUAGUAACCAGAUGACUUCAUACACCUAGAUACCGUUCAGCUACAUCUCAGUCACUCAGUUAACGCUACCAGUGGGGUCGGACAGAAAUACCAAGCAACAGUUAAGCCGAAGGAUCAACAGUUUGAAUAAAGAUUACAGCACAAAAAAUCUCCCUGGAGCUCGUUCAUUAAGGUGGUCUGUGUCAUGCAGCAGAAAGUGUGCACACGUAACACCGCUUUGUUUGUGAAGAACGGACAGGCGUGUGGAGCCGGUGCUGCAUCUCACCUUCCCUUCCGCUGCCCACGAUGUGGAGAACAUGAGCGCUUUCACACUCUUUCCUCUCUCAGAGCUCACCUGGAGUACAACCACCCAUUCCACACCAAACACGACAUCAGCCUGCUCUCCCCCAGAGAUCUCUGCAGCGCAGACCGUAAGGAGGGCUGCAAAAUCCCCAGUGCAGACACUCAUAAAGUACGCGACGCCGGCACGAGCACGAACUCAUCCGCAAGAGGAGAGCACAAGCACACGCAACCCGCAUCGCAGAAGCUCCCAGAGAGGAGCCUGAGUGUUGGGGAUGCAUCCGCUGGACCGCUUUCAGCUCCGGUGGCAUCAGUGGAGAAGAGGCUGGAGGGAAUGAUGAGGACAGCCAACAGCAGCAUGGAGCGGCGUCUGCUGCGUCUGAGCUCGGAGCUGGCUCAGACAGACACGGCUAUCCUGUGUGAGCGCGCUCAUUCACAUCACCUGGCCCAGGAGAAACAGGAGGUGCUGGAGCGAGAGCGGGCGCUCAGCAGACAGGUGGAUGCCGCCGUUAUGGUCAUCGCCACACUCAAGCAGCAGCUCAGCAUCUCAGAGCAUGAGUUGGAGAGGAGAGAGCAGGAAGUCAUUACCAUCCAGAAGUUUCUGGAGGCAGCGGCGCAGCAUGAGAUGUGUGGGAAGGUUCGUUUGCGGCGGUUCAUCGAGAGCCUCCUGCGGCGGAUUUCCCUGGCUGAGAGACUGCUGGAAUAUUAUCAGAGCGGCCCUCACAGGCAUUACUGCACAGCACACUCUGUGCCUUUGCCAUCAGAGCUCGCUCCACAAAGAAUAACACAAAGCAGGUCUUCAGGAGAGCAUCUUGAGCAGGAUGAAGAUGAAGAGCAGCAGUUACUGGCUCAGUCUGGAUGGGGUUUGUCCAAAGGGGCUGCUGGGAGACUGGGUUACGACAGCUGGUCCCAGAGGAGGAGGUCAGAUGGGUACGAGGUUUAGGGACAGAGGCGGAAACUACAGAUGAAUGUACAUGCAAAUAAUAAAUAUGAUUUUACUGAAGUAAGAAUAUGGUAACAAGCAUACAGUGGGGUUCAAAGGUCUGUAUACACAGAAAAAAUGAAUUAUUUUAAUUUCAUUUUAUUUACUUAUUU